UCUAUCAAGCUUGACUUGCAUUGCUUUGAACAAUUAGAUUCUCCUUUUGUUUAAUGUCUAAAUGGAAUUUGAGAAUCACUCACCAUCAAUAUCUUCAUUGCGUCAAAAUUUAUCAUGCAAGCCAUGCAACAACCCUAUUAAUUAUAUUUAUAAUCUAAAGCAAGCACAAGAAAGGCCGGUUACAGUCUUGAAGAAGAAGAAAGCAGGAAGGAAGAAGUUCAAGGAGACUCGGCACCCGGUAUAUAGGGGGGUACGGAAGAGAAAUGGGAAUAAAUGGGUAUGUGAAGUGCGAGAACCGAACAAGAAAUCAAGAAUUUGGUUAGGGACCUUCACUAGCCCAGAAAUGGCAGCUAGGGCACAUGACGUUGCUGCCUUAGCACUGAAGGGAGAAACUGCUACUUUAAAUUUUCCUGAUUCAGCUUUGAUACUUCCUCGAGCGAAGUCGUCUUCUGCUGGAGAUAUACGAAGAGCUGCGCGUGAUGCUGUUGAGGCCUUUAUACCUAGUGCUUCUUUGUGUUCUCCCCCCUCACCAUCUCAUCAUAAGAACUUUUCAUGCGUGACAAGCUCAAGUAAAGUUUUGAGUCCAGCUUUAAGCGAUCUCAAUCCACAUGAGAAGGGCAUAGAAAAUGUUUUCAAACCUUCAUUAAUUGGCAUGCAAGGUGUUGAGGUAUAUGGAAAGAAGGCUCUUAAUGAUGACCCUUUUUCAAUGGUCAUGAUGUCAUGCCCUAACAAUUGCUCGGAGAAGGUGUCCCAUCAACCCAAUGCACUGUUCUUUGAUGAGGAGGCAUUGUUUAACAUGCCAGGAUUACUUGAUAGCAUGGCAGAGGGUUUGAUCCUAACCCCACCAGUUAUGCAAAGAGGAUUUAAUUGGGAUGACAUGGCGUGUUCUACGGACUUGACAUUAUGGGAGGAGGACUAGCUAGAUUCUUGGUGAUCAUAAUUUAAGAUGUUUUGCUUCUUAAUUAAUUUGUUUUUGAUUUAUCAUGCAUGCGGCUAUAGACUAGUACAUAAUAAAGUUAGGACAAUUCUUGAUCCUUCAGUAUAUCCAGCUUUCUUAGGAUUCAUGUUUGAGAUCUUCAAGGUAUAAAAUCUCAAGAACCUCAAGUUUUAGCUAUAGAUCUCAAACCCCCUAACAAUAUUAAUGUCUUCUUAAUUUUCAUGUUCAUAGGCUAUAUAGCUGAUGGUUUGCAUUAAUCCUCUUCUGUAUUUAAACAUGAUCUGCUUAAUUAUUAAACCACAAACUAGAUUUAACUUUCCC